GUAAUAAAGGAGUGUGGAGGAGGACAUCUUCAGUUUGAUGAAGGACAAGCAGCAUGUCUCUCUGAGAUGUUCAGAAGAAUAGAGGAGAUACAGAAGAGAGAACCUGAUGAAUAUCUCAGAUGUGAGAUCUCAGCAACAUCUGUCGGUCCAGAGCUGAUGGAGAGAUCAGAGGAAGAAGAUUCCUCUCAUAAACAUGAUGAAAACCCUACAGAGAGCCAUAAAAAGGGAAGAGAUGAAGAAAGUGUUCAAAGUGCUUAUUUGGGUGUAAGCUCAAGGCUGAAUGUGGUGUUGUGUGGAGCUGAUGCAACACUGAAGGUCUUCAUGUCCAAACUUCUGAGAGGAAAACUGAAAAAAGCUUUAAAUCCGAGAGAAUUCAGCUCAUCAGUGUGUGUGAAGAGAGAAGAGAAGAUACAUAGACGUCAGAUCUGUGUUGUUGAGCUUCCAGCUCUGACUGGACUCUCACAUGAAGAGAUGAUGUGUCAGACUUUCAACUGUGUGUCUCUUUGUGGUCCUGGAGCUCAUGUGUUUCUCAUCAUCGUUCCUGUUGGUCCAUUGACUGAUGAACACAGAGAAGAAAUAGAGAAGAUCCAGAAGAUAUUUUACUCCAGCGAUCACUUCAUGAUGAUUUUCAUGUCUGAUGUCACCGUUGACAGAAAUGUGACAGAUUUUGUAGAAUCAUACGAUGAAUGUCAGAGAUUGAUCCGUCUCUGUGGAGGACGAUACAGAGUCAUGGGCUUAAAAGAACAUGAAAACUUUAAGGCAAAAUCAAUAGAGCUGCUGUAUUACAUAGAGAACAUGAAGACUGAACCAUAUUCACUUCAGAUGUAUGUCAGAGCUCAAGAGAAGAGAGGAAGACAAGAAACUGAGGAGAAAUAUGAAGAGAAACUGAGUGAAAUGAGGAGCAGAAUCAAUGAGUUACAGGAGAAGAUCAGCUCAUAUGCAAGUGUAAACUCAAGGCUGAAUGUGGUGUUGUGUGGAGCUGAUGCAACACUGAAGGUCUUCAUGUCUGAACUUCUGAGAGGAAAACUGAAAAAACCUUCCAAUCAGAGAGUAUCCAGCUCACCAGUGUGUGUGAAGAAAGAAGAGAAAGUACGUGGACGCCUGAUUAAUGUUGUGGAGCUUCCGGCUCUGACUGGACUCUCACAUGAAGAGAUGAUGUGUGAAACUUUCACCGCUGUGUCUCUCUGUGGUCCUGGAGCUCAUGUGUUUCUCAUCAUUCUUCCUACUGGUCCAUUGACUGAAGAAUACAGAGAAGAAAUAGAGAAGAUCCAGAAGAUAUUUAACUGCACUGAUCACUUCAUGAUGGCGUUUAUGUCUGAUGUCCCUGUUGAAAGAUAUGUGAGAAAUUUUGUAAAGUCAUACGCUGAAAGUCAGAGAUUGAGCCUCCUCUGUGAAGGACGAUACACAGUCAUAGGCUUAAAAGAACAUAAGAGAUUUAAACAAGUAUCAAUAGAGCUGCUGGAUUACAUAGAGAACAUGAACACUGAACCAUAUUCACUUCAGAUGUAUGUCAGAGAUCAAGAGAAGAGAGGAAGACACGAAACUGAGGAGAAAUAUAAAGAAAAACUGAGUGAAGUGACGAGUAAAAUGAAAGACUUACAGCUAAAGAUCAGCUCAUAUGGUGUUGAAGAUGAUCAGGAAGAUCUCAGGCAUUUGAGAAUUGUGCUGAUUGGAAGGACAGGACAUGGAAAGAGCGCAACAGGAAACACAAUUCUGGGACGAAAUGAGUUUGAAAGCCUUGCAAGCACAGAAUCAGUGACGAGUGUUUGUAGGAAGCGAGUUUGUGAAGUUGAUGGUCGAUCAGUAUCUGUUGUUGAUACUCCAGGACUGUUUGACACAACACUGACAAAUGAAGAAGUGAUGGAUGAACUAGUGAAAUGUGUGUCACUGUCAUCACCUGGACCUCAUGCCUUCAUCAUUGUGUUGAGUGUUGGAAGAUUCACUCGAGAGGAGUCAGACACUAUAGAUCUGAUAAGAAUGUUCUUUGGUCCUAAAGUUGUCCAGUUCAGUAUCGUUCUGUUCACCAGAGGAGAUGAUCUUAAGGGUGAAUCCAUUCAGCAUUUUGUGAACAGAAGUAAAAACAGAGACCUCAAAAAACUUCUGCAGGACUGUGGAAACAGAUUCCUGGUGUUUAAUAACAAUGAAACACAAGGCAGAACUCAAGUGACUCGACUGAUAAACAUGAUAGAAGAGAUGAAAACAACAAAUCAGGGUCAAUAUUUCACUAACAGCAUGUUUGAAGAGGCAGAGAUGAGCAUUAAAAAGAGAAUGGAGGAAAUACUGAAAGAGAAAGAGAGAGAAAUUCAGACUCAAAGAGAGGAAUUAACAGACAAACAUGAGAUUGAAAUGGAAAACAUGAUGAAGAGAUUAGAAGAAGAGAAAAGAAAAGCAGACGAGGAAAGAAUGAACAUGAUAAGUAAGUUUAAUAAACAGGAGGAAACUCUGAGAAAAGAGUUUGAGGAGAAAGAGAAAUCAGAUCGACUGGAACGAGAGAAAGAAAAGAAGAAACAAAUAGAGGAAGAAAAACAACAAAGAGCUGAACAUCAUAUGAACAUAGAAGAGAUGAAGAGAGAGACUGAACAUCAGAGAUCACUUUAUGAACAACAGCAGAGAGAGAGAGAAGAGGAGGAUAGAAAGAGAGAAGAGAAAUACAAACAAGAUCAAGAAGAAAUUAAAGCUAAAGAAAAUCUCAUCAUACAGUUAUACAAGAGACAAGAAGAAGAGAUUAGAAAGAGAGAAUCUGAGGAGCAAAAGAGACGUGAAGAAGAAGAGAGACAGAGAGAAGAAUGGAGGAGAAGAAUAAGACAAGCUGAAAAUGACAGAAAAGAGACUCAAGAGGAAACAAAAAGACAACAGAUAGACUGGGAAGAGGACAAGAAACGACAGAUGAGAGAACGAGAGGAAGGUGAGAGAAAGAGAAGAGAGAAACAUGAAGAACAACUGAGAGAAAAACAAGAAGAACUGGAGAAAAUGAGAAAGACAUUUGAUAGAGAGACAGAAGAAGAGAUACGACAGAGAGAUGAAGAGAGGGGGAAACUGAGACGAGAGAGAGAAAAGAGAGAGAGAGAAUAUCAAGAGAAGAAAAAUUACAUAAUGAAACAUUAUGAGCAGCUGGAGAGAAAGAGAAAAGAGAUGUGGGAGAGAAGAAAACAAGAAGAUGAUGAGAGAAGAGCAGAAGAGAGAAAGAGAUGGGUGAAAAGAAUUGAUGAUAUUAAAAGAGAACAAGAAGAAGAGAUCAAGAGAAGAGAAACCCAGGAGAGAGAGAGAAAAGAAAGAGAAGAGGAAGAGAGAAAGGAAAUAAAGGAGGAGCAUGAGCGGAGAAUAAAAGAGAUGGAGAAUAAACAUGAAGAUGAAGCCAGAAGUCAAGCAGAAGAGUUGAAUGAGUUCAGUGAGAGAAAAGAAAAACAUGUUGAAGAAAAACUCAAACAACACUUGAACCAACAGGACGGUGAAGAAACAGAAGAGCAACAAACAGAAGUUGAAAAUAAGAAAGCUUGUGUCAUACUGUGAUUUAUCAUUUCUGAUCACUAGGGGUUUUUUUAAGACACAUGUUAAAAUGUUAAAUUCUCAUUAAGUCACUUUGGAUAACAUGUUUGAUCUGAGUAUUAUAGUAGUUUACUUAGUUGUAUUUAUUGAUCCAGACCGCCAGAGAUAAUCAGUACAUGGUGGAAGAAUCAGGUCUCGCACAACACAUCGAGAAUCGUGUAUUAAUUUAGUCACACAUGGCCUUGACCGAUGAUGCGUCUGAAGCUAUAUCAACCCGCAAUAACGUCACGGUCGGUCUCUUUGUCAAUCUCGUUCGAGUGUGCACAGCUCUAUUAGUUGUCAUUUGCCCCGGCUAUAGCUGUGUCUCGAGCACUUCAAAUGCAUUUUGCAACAUAUAUUGGAUAUAUUCGACCCUUGCAGACAGACCCUUGCAGCAAUACUCUCGGCCUGGGCCAUCUUCAAGGACAGAGAUGCCCCAACUGCGGUUCAGACAAACAUCUCGGCCUACACAUACUCAUCGUCCACGUUCCCAUCACUCCUAAUCACAGAAGAUUUCUUCGUUUCACGUUUCAGGGCAUGACAUACCAGUUCCGAGUCCUUCCAUUCUGCUACCUUAGGUUUGAAGGUAAACCUUUAGAAAAGCUGUCUAAUUCCACGCCAGUCGUUGUGCUUCCUCGGGGUAGAUCUGGACUCCAGGUCAAUGAAGUUCACUCUGACAGAUGUCAGAAAGCAGGAACUGCGGAAAACCUUGGCAAGGUUCCAGGUUCACCGCAAGCUGUCCUUCAUCAGCUUCCUACGGCUGGCCGGCCUUCUCACGGGCCAUCUCUGGUUACAUCUCCGGCCUUUCCAACGCUGGUUGAUAGCCAGGCACCUGUUCACAAUCGACACACGUUGGUCAGUGUCAUGACCGGUUGUUCUGCCACUCUGAGGCUCUGGAGGGCAGAAGAGUUUCUUUGGAGAGGUGUUCCGAUUGGGCCAUCCCCAGCAUGCAGGGAGGUGAUAACCACAGAUGCUUGGCAACAUCGUGGUGUAUGGGGAAAAUGGAGUUGUAUAUCAACCUUCUGUAGCUUUGGGCAGUCUUCUUCACUCUCAAACAUUUCAGGCACAAACUUGCAGGUAGAAACAUUCUAUCGAAGACGGACAAUACCACAGUGGUAUUUCUAAUCAAUCACCAAUGAGGCAUGAGGUCCCUACCUUGUCUCUGAUUGACAAGGUUGCUUCUGACAUGAGCGAGCAAACAUUUCCUGUCAGUCAGGGCAGCACACGUUCCUGGGCGCUGCUACAGUGUGUCGGAUUCACUUUCCCGCUCAGUGCCGAGGCAGGGGGAGGGGUGUCUGCACAAGGAGGUUGUUGAAUCACUAUGGGAUAUCUAUGGAACAGCGGCCGUAGACCUCUUUACCCACCCAGCAGGGUGACAACACAUUGCCCGCUGUGGUUCUCAGUACAGAAGAAACAGGGAUCGUUAGGCCAGGAUGCUCUAGCCCACGAAUGGCCGAACCGCCCUCUCUACACCUUUACCCCCCUUAAACUCCUUUGGUCACUGUUGAGGCGAGUACAGAACAGACGGCGCAGGCUAAUUCUAUUUCCAGGGAUGCCUUGGUGCAGUCUCCUGUUGACUUUCACAACUGGUCCCCCUCAGUCACUCCCUGUUCGGAGAGACGUGCUAUUGCAGAUGAGCGGGGCACUAUGGCAUCCCAAGCAGGUUGAAACUGUGUGCCUGGCCCCUGGGGUUGAGAAGAACUCUCUCAGUGUUCAGCUGAGGUAUGGGACAAUGUCUUGAGUGCUAGGGCUCUUUCAACGCCUCGCGCCUAUGCUAGCAAAUGUAAGCUGUUCAUUUCUUGGUGCCAGGAGCAGGAGCAUUUGCAUGUAGUGUUGGAUAGUCUCUGUUCAGUACCCUAUGAACCAGUGGAGCAAGUCGAUAUUAAGAGCCUUUCUCUUGGCAAUAACAUCAGCCAGAAGAGUUUGCGAGUUGUAAGCCCUGUCAGUGAACCCACAAUAUCUCAGGUGGAGGCCAGAGGGCAAUCAGGUCACACUCUGGCCAAACCUAGCCUUACUGCCCAAGGUGUUGUCAACGCAGUUCACAAAUCAGCCUAUUCAGUUAGCACCAUUUAGGCAGGAGAACGAGACAUUUCAGGAGGUCCUGUGUCCAGUUUGUGCAUUGAGGCAGUAUGCGAUAAGGACUGCUUCAUGGCGUACCACAGACCAGUUGUUUGUCUGAAGUAAUGAAAUAGAACGCUGCUUACUUCCGUACCCGUGGUUCUAUGAAUGACAAAGGCCGCCAGAGUCUCUUGUCACUCGGAUUGAGAAUGACUUUUGAGACUGACUGUGACGUAGUCGAGGGUUGAUAUAGCUUACGACGCAUCAUCGGUCAAGGUCACGUGUGACUGAAUUAAUACGGGAUUCUCAAUGCGAUGCUCGAGACGCGAUUUUUCCACCAUGUACUGAUUAUCUCUAGCGGUCUUCUGCCAUUCAUAGAACCACGAUUACGGAAGUAACCAGCGUUUUAUUGAAUUACUUGUGAUGUUGUGCUGUUGUUUUGAGAACUUGAAUGUAAUGCUGUGAAAUAAGAUACAGAUACAUGAUCCUAAGUGGUUUUCUGUUUGGAAAAUUGUGUUUUGUUUUCAGCUUGCAAAAACUAUAAUAAAGUAGUCUGUGCAUUAAUCAAACACAACAUAAUAUUCCGUCUGUGACUGCUUAUUGGAA